CUGCUCUACUACUCUAACCAUUACUGCUACUACUGUUGCUAUAACAAUUACUGCUACUACUGCUGCUAUAACGAAGCUUGUUCCGCAAUGAGAUGAACAGCCUCCUCGCUGAUCCAUUCGCUCAAGACUACCCAGAGACACUCCUCCAUACCCUGCCACACUACCAAGCAUCCUGCAUUCGUUUUUGCGAAACACACCUCGCAGCAGGCACCCUCUCUGGCGAUGUCAUCCUCUAUGACCUCCUCACACUCGCACCCGCUCGCAUCCUGCGUGCUCAUUCAAGAACCAUCCAAUCACUCUGCUGGAGUCGUUGUGGACGAUACCUAUUGAGUGCCUCGCGGGAUUGGUUGUGUGUCUUGUGGGACUUGCAAACUGCCACGGCACUCUAUAAAGUCAUGAUGGGUGCACCUGUAUGGAUGGCAGAUUUACAUCCAAUCGAUCCAUUCACGUUUUGUGCAAGUUUGUUGGAUGCCGCUGCAGUCAGGGUUUCUUGCUCGCCGGGCAAGAUUGACAAGCAAGCAUUGGAGAUUGAAGCGAAGGCUGGAUCUGUGUUGUGUUCAUUGUAUACACCCGCUGGUGAGAUUCUCGGUGGCUCUUCAAAAGGCCAGCUCCUCUUAUGGUCGUCUGAUGGGACUUGCAUACGCUCGUGGAAGUUGACAUCUGGCAGCAUCAAGGGACUGUCCAUGACUGCGAAUAGCUCACAUCUCGUUAGCAAUUCAACGGAUCGUGUGAUUCGGACUUUUGCCGUACCGGGGCCGGCAGACGAGACGUUGGAGAUUGAGCACAAGUUUCAGGAUAUUGUCAAUCGCUUACAAUGGAAUGCUGUUUGCUUUUCAGGGAACGCAGAGUAUGUUGCUGCAUCUACGUAUCAGUCCAGCAAUGAUGUCUAUCUCUGGGAACGACAACGUGGAUCACUUGUCAAGAUUCUGGAGGGACCGAAAGAAGAAUUGAUUGAUGUGGCAUUCCACCCGACCCGCGUGCUAGCAGCAGCUGUGGGUGUGGAGACUGGGACGGUGUAUCUGUGGGGUGUACCGAGUGUUGAGAAAUGGGGCAGCUUUGCACCUGACUUCAAGGAACUGGAGGAGAAUGUUGAGUUUGUUGAGCAGGAAGAUGCAUUUGACAUUCGGCGUGAGGAGGAGACGGGUGAGCGUCGGCUGGCUGAUGAGAGUGCGAGUGUGGAUUUGGAGGGCGAUGGGCCUGUGUGUGGGUUUCUGCUUCCACUUGACUUGAAUGUGCUGUAGCUGCUUGUAGCUAGCUGCUUGUAACUAGCUGCUUGUAACUAUAGCCAGCUGUAGUCUAUCAGGGGCGAUGAUUGAUUGAAUUUAUUUUUGGCUUCUUCUCUUCUCUGCUGCGGCUCGAA